UUUUUGCCUAUAAGAAGAAGAAGAAGAAGAGGAGGGGACAAAAAAGAAAAAAGAGCAUAUAAUAUAGGAUGUCAGUCAUGAAUUGGUUUUUAUUCAUUCUGAAUAAUAAACCUGAUCUGGUCUAGGACUAGCUAGCUAGAAACUCCCCGUACGUACGUACGUAGUGAUCAUGGCUCGAAAAAUGACUACGGAUCACGAAGAACUUCUGGUGAGGCAGAUUUGGUCCACCCAUGAACCUGAUGGGCGUUGGCUCGAUGCAGAGCUUCUGGUUCGUGUGGUGAAGGACAUUAUGUUGUUCACAGAUCAGGAAUAUUCACAAGUGUCCAAUUACCAACAGGGUGACCAAUAUUUAGUUAGGUCAAGUGAUAUUGAGGUGAUUGGAUCAGAAGAACAGUUGGGAAAUGUCAUUGCCAAGAUCUCUAAUGAGAUGCUCCGUGGAUGGUGUAUGGGAAGGCAUCAUGAUCAUGAUAUCCACAUGCAUCAUGAGGACAGUACCACACUGGUCUUGUUUAAUCAUCUGUUAAGACACUACAAUUGGGAUGCAAAAGCAUCUCUAGUUCUUGCUGCUUUUGCUUUGAGAUUUGCAGAUUUCUGUCUUCCCAUUUUCUUGUUGUCUCACCAUUCCAACAUUAAUAAUCCCUUGGCAGCUCAUAUUGCAAAACUAAAGAACUUUCCCAAUGACUUGAUCAGCAUACUCAGACCCCGGUUUCGGGCCUUAAGGGAGUUUGUGGAUGCCAUGGUUUCCAUAACUAAAUGUAUUAUCCGCUUUCAAGGCCUGCCAUUGCAACACGUCAGCUUGGAUCAUGAUCCCAUUUUUCCCACUACCAAGCCUUUGAUUCACAAUGCUGUUUUUUGGGUCGUUAAAAGUGCCUCCAUUUGCUUUUCUUCAAUCAUGGAUUUGAAUUGUACCAAAACCGAUAAAGAAAUAGAGACUAUUACGAUAUGGAAACUAUCCUCUUUUUCAAACAAGUUAACCACCUUAAGGGACGAGCUUGCGCAACACGUGGAUUCUUGUUAUGAGCUAACAGAUGCAAAGUUAUAUAACAAGUUUCUGACUUUGUUCAAGGAUCCUACCAGCACUGACAACCAAAAUGUUCUUAGCAUGUUGUUUGCAUUAAAAGAUCAAUUCCCACUUAUGUCUUCUUCCUUGUCAAAGCUUGGUGUUUCUGAACUGAAGAACAAGACAGUCGCUUGUUUUAUUUCAAGGCCGGAGCUUUUGUCCAUUGAUCAACUAAUCUUGCUAAUACAGCAGUUGUACGAUGAUCCUUAUAGAACAAAGUUACAAGGAAGCUUUGACAUCGUAUGGUUUCCCAUUUCGUCCUCCAGCUGGUCUCAAUCCGAAAUGGAUGCCUUUUAUUUUCUUGCAAACUCUUUGCCAUGGCUGUCAGUAAGGCAGCCAUGGAGGAUCAGUCCGGUGGUGAUAAAGUUUAUGAAAGCAGAAUGGAACUUCAACGGAGGAGAACCCAUAAUGGUGGUUAUGGAUCCAGGAGGUAGAGUUACAAACGUAAAUGGACUAGAUAUGAUGCUAAUUUGGGGGAUUAGAUCCUACCCAUUCUCUACUGAGAAAGAAAGAGAGCUUUGGGAAGUUGAGAAAUGGAGCCUGCAACUCUUACUGGGCAGGAUUGACCCUCUAGUAAUGAAGUGGGUUGAAGAAGAUAAAAACAUAUGCAUGUAUGGAAGCAGGAAGGUUGAAUGGAUUUGUGAAUUCAAAGAGGAGAUGGAUAAGAUAAUAAGGACUGGGUUGGAUCUUGGGAUGAUAAGUUUGGGUAGUUAUAACAGUCAAUUGAAGAAAAAGACAAGAGAAGUAAUGUUCUGGAUUCGAGCAGAGAGCAUGAGAAGGUUUAGGAGAAGGCAGGAGGAGGAUAAUUGGAAAAUGGUGGAGAAGUUGAUGGAGAGUGAUGAAGAAGGGUGGGUGAUUUUUGGAAAGGGAAGUGAUUUGGUGAUGUUAAAAGGGAUGGAGAAAGUAAGGGAGUGUUUGGAGAUGUUUCAAAAGACAUGGGGAAAGAAUGUGGCUAAGUUUGGAGUUGCAGGUGCAAUUAGGAGAGCUUUCAACAAACCAUCAUCUUCAGAUCAUGAAGCAGUUGUGGUUGUUCCAUAUUCUAGUCAUGAUCAGCACCAGCAGGAGGGUGACACUUUAUUGUUGUGUGAUAGAUGUGAGAGUCCCAUGGAGAAGUUUGUCUUGUAUAAAUGUGAUGGGAAACUUGAAUAAAUAA